GGGCCGGCUGGGCGGGCACGCGCCUCCCCCGCACCCGCCUCCUCGCGCCCCCUCCGCGCACCGCGGGCCGGGCAGCAGUGGCCGGCGCUGGGUAGCCUCGAGAGGGCUGCGUUCCCGUCCGCUCCCAUCCCGGCCGGCGCUGCCCAUGGCGUAGCCGCGCUGCUGCGCGCCUGCCCCGCGCCUGCCCCGCGGGACGCGGCGUGGACGGACCUGCCGCCAGGCAAUCAAAAGUCUGGAGGAUUUGAUUUCAAAGCACACCACAAAUUUCAAAGAAAGCAAAUCUACAUGAAGAGCUACAAAGGGAAUUGAUUUGAGAAGAUACAGCAUUUGCAAAAAUGUCUUCAAGUUGUGUGACUUCAGUGUUUGCUUUGAUGGUUUGGUGCUUUGCAGCUGCAGUGGGAUUCUGGAGAGCAGAAAAGAACCUCAAGGGUGCAUUAGUUAGUCCUGUGCCUCUCAAUGAAUGUGUCUUAUCGCCUGUUAACAAUUCACAUCCAGUCCAUGCCUUAUUGGAAAGUUUUACAGUCUUAUCUGGCUGUGCAAGCCGAGGCACGACGAGCCUGCCACAAGAAGUGCACAUCCUCAACCUCAGAAACCCUGAGGAGGGUCUUGACCAUCAUGAAAGAGAGGUCACGUUACAUUUGAAUCCAAUUUCAUCAGUGCAUAUUCACCAGAAGCCUUUGGUGUUUCUUCUCAACUCUCCUUUGCCUUUGGUCUGGAAACUAAAAACAGAAAGACUGGCACCUGGAAUCCGAAGAGUUUUCUUUGUGUCUUUAGGUUCCGUUGUUCAGUUUGAGAAGGGAAAUUUCUCCUUGUCAGCAGAAACAGAAGAAAAGUUUUUUCCUGAGAGGAAUGAACAUCUGCUACAGUGGGCCCAGAAGGAAUAUGGAGCAGUAACAUCUUUCACUGAACUUAAAAUAUCAAGAAACAUCUAUAUUAAAGUAGGAGAAGAUCAAGUUUUUCCACCCUCGUGCAACAUUAAAAAGAAUUUUCUCUCUUUAAAUUACCUUGCGGGAUACCUACAACCAAAGCCAGCAGAGGGGUGCCUUAUGUCUAACUUAGUCCAAGAAAGAGAAGUUCAUAUCAUUGAACUAAGCACUCCAAAUUCCAAUCCUAACAGUGCUCUCCAGGUGGAUAUAAUCGUUGACAUUAAACCAUCUCAACCAGGCGCCAGACUUGUCAGAGAUGUCGUACUUAUCCUCAAGUGUAGAAAGUCUGUCAACUGGGUUAUCAAGUCUCAUGAUGUCCAGGGAAAGCUGGAAGUGAUUACAUCAAAUAGUAUUGGGUUUGGAAAGGAAACAGAGAGAUCCAUGAGUAUGAGUAAAUCAGUAAUACCUGAUAUUCCCUCAUCGCAUGAGAGUUUGAUCAAGUGGGCUUAUGAGCAUAACUAUAGUCCAGUUACUUCCUACACAAAAGCCCCUGUUGCUAACAGAUUUCAUCUGCAACUUGAAGAUACAGAAGAGAUGAAUGAUGAAGAAGACCAUUCCCUUCCUCCAGAGCUGACAGAAUUGCUGGGAGCUAACCCACUGCCUGCUCCAAAGAAUCCCACGUUAAGUGAUGGCCUGACUUUUCCAUUUCACAUUAACAGAGGAAGGCAUGAUACAGUGGGAGAAGAAAUCUUCCCAUCCAGGCAUUCAGUAGAUACGUUAAUAAAUCAUGACUUUGGACAUUCCCUCUCAAAACAUAAAGAACCAGAAGAGGUUCAGGGCAGUGCUGAUGUGGCCCUGUCGAUAAAGUGUGAUGACAAAGCCAUGACAGUAGCUGUAGAAAAAGAUGCUCUGCAGGCCAGUGGCUACACCCGGACAGAGCUCUCGCUGCUGGAUCACUCUUGCAAAGCCAGGAUGAAUGGCACCCAUUUCAUUUUGGAGUCUGCACUGAACAAAUGUGGGACUCGGACAGCAUAUAUCUUGAACAAGAUUGUUUAUUUUAACUCUAUUGUCAUUCAGCUGUCAUCACCAGCUGAAGGCAGCGGCUUUGAUGAUGAUGACAUGGAAUCAGGUGAUAAUGGAUUUCCAGGGGAUGCUGAUGAGGGAGAUGUUUCUUUCUCAAGCUGGCCUGAAAUAGCGUUUAAUUGCACACUGCACCAGCCAGAGGAUGACAGAGGCAUAUUUUGGCCUCCUGAACCACACAUCACCAAUGUUACCUUCAACAUGGAGCUGUACAAAACAGAUUUGUUCCUUGCUCCCUCCCAAGGACUCUUCUCUGUUGCUGAGAAUGGGCCGAUAUAUGUAGAGGUGUCUCUGACUAAAGCUGACAGAUCCUUGGGCUUUGCCAUUCAAACAUGCUUUGUUUCCCCGUUUUCAAAUCCAGAUAGAAUGUCUGACUAUACCAUUAUAGAAAACAUUUGUCCUAAAGAUGAAUCUGUUAAAUUCUACAGUACUGAGAAGGUGAACUUUCCAAUACCACAUGCACAGAGGGACAAAAAAAGAUUUAGCUUUGUGUUUAAACCAAUGUUCAACAUCUCACUGCUCUUUCUUCACUGCGAGUUGACUUUGUGUACAAAUAAAGACAAAGAUACUCAAGGACUGCCAAAGUGCAUUCCUCCUGAUGAAGCUUGCACCUCUCUCAAUGUGGAUAUGAUCUUGGCCAUGAUGCACAACAAGAAAACCUUCACCAAGCCCCUUGUAAUAACACAUGAAGGAAAACAAGAAGAUCCUUCCCUUCCAAAGCCAAAUGUGAGACAGCCACCUGUGUUCUACGGGCUGGACACGCUGACUGUGGUGGGCAUUGCCUUUGCAGCCUUUGUGAUCGGGGCCCUGCUGACGGGAGCGCUCUGGUUCAUCUACUCUCGCACAGGGGAAACAACAGGAAGACAGCAGGUCCCUACAUCCCCGCCAGCGUCCGAGAACAGCAGUGCAGCUCACAGCAUCGGCAGCACACAGAGCACCCCCUGCUCCAGCAGCAGUGCCACCUAACCCGGGGGGGACACAGCUGAGGAGCAACAUAGGAGCACAUGGGUUCCAAGGACUGUGUGUGGACAUCAGCUUUUUAAAGUUAAAAGGGUUGUUUUGGUUGCUUCUGAAAAAAAUGAGGAGGAAUUUUUCUACAGGAGAAAAAAAAGACUGAUUUUCAUUUGGGGAAGCCACUGUGUGUGUGAGUGUGUAUAUGAGCACACAAUGCAUGAGUGAACACAGCCUGUUGGAUCUUGUUAGCAUGUUAUGCUACAUGUGACAAAGCUACUAAUUUUACAGUACUGCAACCUGUUCUGGGGGUUUGUGGGCCCCUCAAUGUGAAGUCUAUGCCAGUUUGGAAAAAUGCUGCUUUGUCUAUACAAUUUUUUUCUUUCCCUGAACCUUCUCAUUGACAGAAAGUAUUCAUUAAGGGAAUUCAAUCAUAGAAUCAUAGAAUGGUUUGGGUUGGAAGAGACCUUAAAGAUCAUCUAGCUAGACCCCCUGCCAUGGGCAGGGAUACCUUCCACUAGACCAGGUUGCUCAGGUGGUGUCCAGUGUGGCUUUGAAAACACUUCCAGGGAUGGGACAUCCACAGCUUCUCUGGGCAGCCUGUUCAGUGCCUUACCACCCUCACAGA